AGAUGUACUUCGCGGCAAAUUGGAGUUCCCUCGACAAUGACCUCGAGACCCUGACGGCUACUUGGGAACAAGCAAAUGACGUAGACGACGCUCGUUAUCACACGGUUGAGGAGAGUGCGUACAUCAUCAGCCAUUGGUGCUUGUUUCAAGGGAUUCUUCUAAGCUUCCUUGUCGACGAUGUGGAGAAGGUCAUGAACAGAUCGGAAGCGAAACGUAAUUGCCUCGCCCUCGUCGGACAGAGCAACGCAGGGAAGACGUGGCUGGUCAACAGUCUUGCAGACCUCGCCGUUCAUGUGGGAGAGAUCUCACAGGGAUCGGGGGGUAUUCAUUUAUGUGGCAAGGAUGCGUCGACAAACGCAUGAUUGUCCUGAAUGAACCCUACUUCGAU